CGGUUGGUGGAAGUGGAUAGCGGAACAAGGAAAGAGCCGUGGAAGUGGCUGGGGUCCGGAGCCGGAAGUCUGCCAGACGUGGCCGGAAGGCAGCGGGACAGAACGCAAACCUGUUGGGAAAUUGGAAGACUUGGUGGCGGGUGAAUUUCAGGACUCGGAUGCGGCCUCGGCGAGUAGGGGACGUACCCGAGAUGUGGGAUCAGAGGCUGGUGAGGUUGGCCUUGUUGCAGCAGCUUCGGGCUGUCUACGGCAUUAAGGUUAAAGGUGGCCGUGGGCAGUGCGAUCGCAGGAGACACGAAGCAGCAGCCACGGAAAUAGUGGGUAAAAUAUUUGGAGUACCUUUUAAUGCAUUGCCUCAUUCUGUUGUACCAGAAUAUGGACACAUUCCAAGUUUUCUUGUUGAUGCUUGCACAUCUCUAGAAGAGCAUAUUCAUACAGAAGGGCUUUUUAGGAAAUCUGGAUCUGUUAUUCGUCUAAAAGCACUAAAGAAUAAACUGGAUCAUGGUGAAAGUGGUCUGUCUUCUGCACCUCCUUGUGAUAUUGCAGGAUUAAUUAAACAGUUUUUUAGGGAAUUGCCAGAGCCCCUUCUCCCAGUUGAUUUGCAUGAAGCACUUUUCAAAGCUCAACAGUUAGGAACAGAGGAGAAGAAAAAAGCAACAUUGUUGCUCUCCUGUCUUAUGCCUGACCACACUAUUAAUUUAUUAAGAUACUUCUUUAACUUCCUCAGGAAUGUUUCUCUUAGAUCCAGUGAGAAUAAGAUGGAUAGCAGCAAUCUUGCAGUGAUAUUUGCACCAAACCUUCUUCAGACAAGUGAAGGACAUGAAAAGAUGUCUGCCAACACAGAAAAAAAGCUACGAUUACAGGCUGCAGUAGUACAGACUUUUAUUGAUUAUGCAUCAGAUAUUGGGCAUGUUCCAGAUUUUAUUCUGGAAAAGAUACCAGCUAUGUUGGGUAUUGAUGGUCUCUGUGCUACUCCAUCACUGGAAGGCUUUGAAGAAGGUGAAUAUGAAACUCCUGGUGACUAUAAGAGAAAGCGAAGACAAAGUGUAGGAGAUUUUGUCAGUGGAGCACUAAAUAAACUUAAAUAUAACAAAACACCCUCUGUUACACCUCAACAAGAAAGAAUUGCCCAGCUGUCUAUAUCACCAGUGAUUCUUACACCAAAUGCUAAGCGCAAACUGCCAGUAGAUUCUUCUCAUGGUUGCUCAAGUAAGAAAAGGAAAUCCAUCAAGCACAAUUUUAACUUUGAGUUGUUGCCAAGUAAUCUCUUCAGUACCAGUUCUACACCAGUAUCAGUUCACUUUGAUACAAGCCCAGAAGGUUCAUCUCAGAGUUCACUCUCUCCUGUAGCCACCAGUGGAAAUCAUUUGAUCAGUGCAGAUGUGCCAAGGCGAAGUAAAAGGAUUGCAAGCAAAAAACUUUGCAGGGCAGAAUCAGGAAAAGCAGGCUGCUUCUCUCCUAAAAUCAGUCGUAAAGAAAAAGUUAGAAGAUCACUUCGUUUGAAAUUUAGUCUGGGGAAAAGCAGCAAAGAUAUAAAUGGGUGUUCUGGUGUCAAAAGACAUGAAAAUGUUGGUCGACGACUUGCAAAUCAACAAAGUUUAAAAAAUAGGAUUGAAUCUGUAAAAACAGGUCUACUUUUUAGCCCAGAUAUCACCAAAAGAAUACCAAAGAAAGGUUCAAAAAAGAUCAGUCAGUCUGAAGAAAACUUACUAACUCCAGAACAACGAGAUGAAACAAGCUACCGAAUGUCUUGGAUGGGACCUAGUAAUUCAAGUUUUCAAGAAAUAGAAGCAAAUGAAACUUCUCCGAUAGAGGGCAAUCUUGAGGUGGAAAACUCUUUGGAGCCUGAUAUUAUCAUGGAAAAGUCAUCUAUUCAUUCAUAUGAACUCACCCCUUCUAAUGUACACAAUGAGCAUAACAACAGCGUAACUGUAAGCUCUCUUAGUGGAGAUGAAAAUGACUUGAAUACAGAGACUUUGGUAAAAAUUCAGAAAGCAUUUUCUGAAUCCGGAAGUAAGCUUCAUGCUCUGAUAAGUCAUAGGCAGUCAUCAAUAAGUAAUGUGGGGAAAGUAAAUUUAAAUGAACCAUCUUCUAUAGCAUAUAGCCCAGGGGAAAAUCUGUUUGAAACUAAUGAUUUGACUGUGAUAAAAUCAAACGAACACUACACUAGUACAAGUGAAAGUAGUUUUUCAGAAAGUUACUUAUCACUACAUCAAACUCAAAAAUUAGAUAGAGAAACAACUAUAAAAUGUUACUCAACUCAGAUGAAGAUGGAACAUGACGAAAACAUCCAUUCAGAUAUACCAAAUGAUUACUUAAGUAAGCAAGACUUGCCCAGUGAUGAGCAGAUAAAAGCACAACAGUCCCCAAGGGAUAAACUAAAUACUCAAUUCAAUGAGGACAAUAUGGUUGAAGAGCACUUACCGAAGUGCACAGCUUCUAGGGAGGAUGCAGCUAACGCCUCUUCCUCAGAGCAGAUCACCUGUCAUGGAACCAGCUUGUCAAAACCGAGGCCUGAGAGGGUGGUUCAACAGCAGUCACUCGUGGCAGCGUGUGAUGCAAGGGUUUCUGAAGGUGUACGAGUAACAGAACAUGGGAAGGUCUCAGACCACAUCCAGUGGUUUAAUAAGCUUUCUUUAAAUGAACCAAAUAGGACAAAAGUUAAAUCACCUCUUAAGUUUCAGCGCACGCCUGUCCGUCAGUCUGUCAGAAGAAUUAAUUCUUUGUUGGAAUAUGACAGACAACCAGUAAGGCACAAAUUGGCGCAUCUUGGUGAUGCUGCUUCUCCUCUGGUUAAAUCAGUGAGCUGUGACGUUGCUCUUUCCUCUUGUAUGGAAAGUACAUUACAAGAUUCCGCAAUUUCAUGUACCCAGUCAGGUCCUAAAGAACAGAAGUCUACAUCAUGUGAACAGUCAAAUGAUGCAGUUUCCAAACCAAGCGUGCAAUUACCUUCUACAUCUUUCUCACAGAUGAAGAGACGCCCAGACUCCAUGAAUGCUUCUCUUGGGUCAGCCAGAGUUUAUAAACAGAAAGUGAUAUCUGAUGGCCAAAUUAAGGUUCCCUUGGAGGAUCUGACAAAUCACGAUACAUCAAAACCUGUUGUAAAUAAUAAUGCAGUCUUUUCUCCUGGGAUAAAUAACAGAGUCCUUAGGAAACCGUCAGAAAGAGAAAGGGUCUGGUAUAAAGGUUCUCCACAAAAUCCUAUUGGAAAAACUCAGCUACUACCAACAAGUAAACCUGUAGACUUGUAACUGGUAAAUGUUAUACUUGUCAUUAAUGUAAAUAAAAUUAGCAGUUGACAAUGUGCUUGUAAGGCGAUCUACGUGUUCAUUUGUAGCGCAGGAUGAUUGUCACGUGAUGGAUUUUUAAUCUCAUUGCACAAGCAGCUUGGAUUCUUGACUGCUUUGUUUUUCUUAAUUUUGGUAAUAUUUAAAACUUUUUAAUUUUAUUGUGAUCUCUUAAAACAGGUUACACUUUA